UAUCGUCCUGUCGAGGCUGUCGGUCGUCACGUCGCCGCCGUCGACUCGUGCGACGUACCACGCCGGUUGGAGAAUUUUCUCCCCCUCCGUAUCGUCCGUACAGCCAAGCUAGAAGCGCAUCGGGUAACCGAGUGGAGAGUCGACCUCAGGACACCGACACGGGCACGUUUCGUCGUCAGUUUUGUUCCGCAGGCUCCACUCCACUGUUGCACUCCUGCGCGACACUCGUCUGCACUCGGUUCGCUGCACACGUUCUCGCUGCAACGGACAUCACACACACCAAGGACGCUUCCUCGUCGCGAGUCUAUUCUAUUCUCACUCUCUCCCUCUCUCUCUCUCCCUCUCGCUUCGACCCCUGUCGAAGGAUAUCAACGGAGCUGUUCACUUGACCGGCGCACCUAUUUUUCUUGGCUCGCGAAGGGAAAGGUCAGCUUCGAUAUGAGGGAGAUCGUGCAUCUGCAAGCUGGACAAUGUGGAAACCAGAUCGGCGCGAAGUUCUGGGAAGUGAUCUCUGAGGAGCAUGGCAUCGAUCAAUCGGGCAUCUAUCACGGGGACAGCGAUCUGCAACUGGAGCGGAUUUCCGUCUACUAUAACGAGGCUUCUGUGGCGACCUCGACGAACGGUGGAAAGUACGUGCCGAGAGCGAUUCUUCUGGACCUGGAACCAGGAACGAUGGACGCCGUACGAUCAGGAGCGUACGGGAAGCUGUUCCGGCCGGAUAACUUCGUGUUCGGGCAGUCAGGCGCAGGGAACAACUGGGCGAAGGGACAUUACACCGAGGGCGCGGAGCUGGUCGACUCGGUGUUGGACGUAGUCAGGAAGGAAUGCGAGAACUGCGACUGCCUGCAAGGCUUUCAGCUGACUCACUCGCUCGGCGGUGGUACGGGAUCCGGCAUGGGGACGUUGCUCAUCUCGAAGAUUCGCGAGGAAUACCCGGAUCGGAUAAUGAACACAUAUUCGGUGAUGCCAUCGCCCAAAGUAUCCGACACGGUGGUGGAGCCGUACAACGCCACCCUGUCGGUUCAUCAGCUGGUGGAGAACACCGACGAGACCUACUGCAUCGACAACGAAGCGCUCUACGACAUCUGCUUCCGCACGUUGAAGGUUUCGAAUCCCAGCUAUGGCGACUUAAAUCAUCUAGUCUCGCUGACCAUGUCUGGCGUGACUACCUGCCUCAGGUUUCCCGGACAGUUGAACGCCGAUUUGAGAAAACUCGCUGUGAACAUGGUACCGUUUCCACGUUUGCACUUCUUCAUGCCGGGCUUCGCGCCAUUAACCUCCAGAUCCAUGCAACAGUAUUCCGCGCUCUCGGUGCCGGAGCUUACACAGCAAAUGUUCGACGCGAAGAACAUGAUGGCCGCGUGCGAUCCGAGACACGGCCGAUAUCUCACCGUGGCCGCCGUGUUCCGCGGCAGAAUGUCGAUGAAGGAAGUCGACGAGCAAAUGCUCAGCGUGCAGAACAAGAACAGCUCGUACUUCGUCGAGUGGAUACCGAACAACGUGAAGACGGCCGUCUGCGACAUACCGCCCAAGGGUUUGAAGAUGUCCUCCACCUUCAUCGGCAACACCACCGCCAUUCAGGAGCUGUUCAAGCGAAUCUCCGAGCAGUUCACCGCCAUGUUCCGCAGGAAAGCGUUCUUGCACUGGUACACUGGAGAGGGUAUGGACGAGAUGGAGUUCACCGAGGCCGAGUCGAACAUGAACGAUCUGGUCUCGGAGUACCAGCAGUACCAGGAAGCCACCGCCGAGGAGGAUUUCGAAGCGGAGGAGUGCGCCGACGACUUUGAGACUUGCGACCAAGAGUAAAUCGACCGCCGGAUCUGUCUUUCCCUUCGAAGCAGCUACUUCUUCGCCGAAGAGCGAGACCAGUUUCCUCCUUUUCUCCUUUCUUCGUUCUCGUCUCGAUUCGGUGGUAGAUCUUACACGAAUUCUCUCUCUCUCUCUCUUUUAUACUUUUUGUACGUGAAAUGCAUUUCAUUACCGAGAAUAGAACGGUCGCGAACACCACACCCGGUUACUCACUGUAUCCUACUUCGCGAAUAUUGACAAGGUCGAGUAGGAAGUAAAGAGAUGUUAUUAGACUUCUCGGGAUACAUCGAUGGAAAGCGAAGUAGCAAGACCAGACACCAAAGCAAAAUCUCGAGCCAAAAAUCUACCCAUUCACCGACAACUGUAUCGCAUGCGUAUUAAUCGUGGCACGCGUUUCGCAAUGUAACGUAAGUUUGUUCCUUACUGCAGAAAUAUACGUUUCUUUUUUUUUUCAA